UCUUGAAUUGGACUAGCUUCACAUCUUAAUCAGUUGUGGAGGUACAUCCACUCAUUACUUCCUGAAAGCUUCAAUAAAAUUUGUCCUGCGAUUCAUGAGAUAUUUUGCUAACAGACAGAGCUGAUUAUAAUAGGCAAUGUUAAAAUUUACAACAGAGAUGAUUCAAUUUUGGGAGUAUUGGAGUUUUUUUUUCUUCCACCUUAUUUUAGUGAUCAGUGCUUGUUACAUUGGUCAUCAUUUUGUUCAUUUUAUUCAGCUGAAAGAAUGAAAAACAUCCUGGCCGCAGUGAAAGGUUGGUUGUGCGGCAUGYUUUUGUUGUGUGAUCAGGUUAGCUUCAGCAUUCUCUGCAUCUAUUUCUGCAGCCUUAUAUCAGCUCAAUAAUCAGAGAGAGUCUCACCACACAUCAGUUUCUUUCCCACUUUUUAAGUUCAAAACAAUUCUCAUCAAUGCAUGGUCACGUCAUAUGACUCAGAAAAUAAAUGUAUAGAAUAGAUAGCAGCUCUGAUAAAGAAGGAAAACGUCUCAUUCUCUAAUAAAACUAAGUUUUGAUCUGUAAAAGUCUGUGGCUUUUAAAUGAAGUUUGGUGAAACUGCUGUUGCUUACAUCCGCUCUCUUAUUGGUGCACAGAAACCUGGUCCCCGCCCUCUCUCAGCCUGCAUUUAGGAGUUUGGUGUGAAAGUUUCAGGGCAGAGUGAGCUCACACGUCAGAGCUGAGCGGGUGUGUGUGUCUGAGUGGGAGCGAUGGAUCGACGUCGUCCUCCGAGGCUGAAGGCGCUGCUGCUGCAGGUCCUGGUUCUCCUCCAGUCCAGCAGCAAGGUCAAGCUGCAGAGAGAAAUGACCACAGGUGUGGAUCACCAUCUUCAAUGUGUCAACAAUUAUCUGUACACCAUGAACUGCUCCCUGAACAUCAUCCCGUCAGAAAACACUUCAGUCAGCAACAAAUACUGGCUCAAAAUCAGAGAAACGAAUGAUGAACUGGAGUACAAGUGUCUGCUGACACACACCACAGGCAGUUAUUUCUGCUCCAUSAACAAACUGGAUGAAACGCCCGAUGUUGAUAUAUUUACAGAUAUGGACGAGUAUGAAAUCUCACUGUGUCAGAGCCGAGACGACGGCUCUGAAAGCUGUGAGGUGCUGGAUGAAGAUUACAGUCCCCAGUUGAACAUUAAACCCAACACACCGUGCUGCCUCGCAGUCGGCCACAACUCAAGCCAAGUCCACUUCACCUGGAGGAGCACCUACGAGGACUACAAUUCUUCCACCUACCUGGUGAAAAGUCUGCAGUAUCAGCUGCUUCUCUACAAAGCAGAGGACGAAAACACGGUGAGAAUGAAAUUUGUUCCAGUAGAGAUGCCAGAUGCAGCAAAGAAGCCCCAGAACAURACAGAGCUCCUCCAUGUGUCACACCACGUCCAGGAAGAAAUAGUCCAACAUGUUUUGAACAGGUGGAAGCAGAGCACCUUCAUCCCAACUCCAGCGUUCUACUUCCACAGUCUGUACAAAGACCACCAGGGAGACUUCAAGAGCUGGGUGGUCACACGAGAAGGCACGGUGGGCACGCUGAAAGCAGAGGAGACCCUUAAAAUCAACACCCUGGUUCAGUGCGUGGACGCCCAGGGCGACAAGUCGCCGCCGGUGUUCGAGCAGCAGUGGACGGAGGGCGGCGGCUACAGAAACAUACCUGCAGGGGACUGCGAUGCCGAUCGCAGCACGCUGUGCACCGGCAGCAGCUGGCUGUCGGCUCAGUGGAGCUCGGGAGGCUCUCUGCCUGCGUGGUCCGAGUCGGGCAGCCCUGCGGGCGACUCGGGCUGCUGGCUCUGCAGCGACACAUCUUUGGAGAGGGAGCCUCCCUGGUACUGCAACGAGUACUGCACCCUGAGCUGCAUCCCGGCUGAGCAUCGUGGGAACCCUGCUCAACAAAAAUCAUCAGCGUGAAUGCAGCUGGGGAAAACACACUGUAAAACCAGAAAAUACAGCAAACACUGCCAACUGUCUAACACAUUUAUCAACAAAUUGUGUCAAAAUACUCAUUUAGUCCUAAGCUACACAUAUUUUAAGUCUGUAUAUAAAGUGCCACUGAAAUAUUUUUACACCUAAUUUUGAAUUUACCUAAAAAUGUGUAUUUUUCCAAUGUAAUAAAAGAGAUUGCAUUGUUUUGUAGAAAGUUUUAUUAAGCCAACACAUACAUGAACAAAGCACCGUAUAACCUUAAAGUUUGACGUACAGAAGUAAGCCUACCUGCCUCAGUCACUGUGGCCUGUUUUAUUGAUUCCAUAGCAAACACUCUGAAUAACAAAAAGACAGCCAAGGCAGCAAAUUCUAUCGUAUAUUACAGCAUGCUGAAUAGAAAAAACCUGGGAAAGGAAAUUAGAGAGCCAUCUAGAGACACUAAACAACAGUAUAAAAGUGCCAUUCAUUAUACAGCUGUUGAAAUACUGACAAUGAAAUUAGCCAAUUUUACAUUAAAUUUAUGGAAAAUAAGAGGGAAAAGAAAAAAAAAA